GUCAGUUUCAGUACAUUCUGGUGACAAGUACCAGCUGGGUUAUUUCCGCUGGAGGCAGGCAACACCAACGUACAGCAUGGACGGAAUCACAGUCAUGACCCCACGGAAUGCAGCAUCGAUGGCUCACGGGCUCGACACCUUCCUCGACGACGACCUGGGCUCGUCGUCACUGAUGUUCAAUGCACGCUCCAAUUCCGGCACCGAUGGCGGGGUCUCGGACGCAACGGCAGUGCACAAUUGGGAUGUCGCCAGCAACCUCUGCAUCUCAAUUGACCGCGAGAGCAGCCCUGGUCUCAGCCCUUGCGACUCGAUCAUCGAUUUGCCGUCGCCGUGUCUGACAGCGCCAGUCGAACGCAAGCGCAAGGGCACACUGGAAACUGCGCCGUCGAAUGGCGCCCACCCUCGUACUGAGAAGCGCAUGCGAGUCCUCACCGACGCCGACAUGGCCGCUCCAUCGACCGCGGUGCAGUUCACUGGUGUCCACAACGAAAACACCCGCUUCACAUUCACCGCAUUUGGGUCCACCGCCCGCACCCUCGGAGCUCCAUGCUCGUUCGCGUCGUCCACUCCGUUUCACAUGACCCGCUCCACCUUCGUCUCAUCCGUUCCUUCAUCCUCCACGUCUCCUUGUAUGUCUGCCAAUGUGCCUGCGACCCCGCGCCUUCGGUGCUUCGACUAGUUUCCUUAUUUAUGUAAAUAUUACCAUUAUCUAUUUUGCCACA